CGUAGGCAAGAGGUUAAAAAAGCACUCCAGUUAAAACACAUCCAGUUAGCGGUCACCUACUGUACAUUCAACCACUUUUACUCUGAAUUAUCAUAAGCAGCGCCCUGUGUUUUCCCUAUAUGUCUUUCCACAGGCGGUCUCCAUUUGGAAUGUGCAAUCGCAGCAACCGUAGCGCGCUAGCGCAUCAAAAGUGAACAUGCUCCGUUGGGUGCAAAAUUUUCGUUGGCGCUCGCUACGGUCGGGCUUAAAAUCGAAGCUUGCAAAAUCCCCGUCAGAAGGGGAUCGUCGCAUCGAGGACAACCACUCGCCGAAUACAUUAUCGGGCAGCUGUCCCUGUCACGUGCGGCUAGCGAAGGAAGCGGAUAGCCCGGCCAUCGUGCAGUUUGUGCAGGCGAUCCUGCUGCACCACGAACCGCUCGUUCGGUCGCUCCACGUGUGUCGCUCCAGCGCAAGCGAGUCCGGACUGGCCGACUACAUACGGGUGCUGCUGCCGGACAGCUUCACGCUGCUGGCGGUCAACCCCGUGCAGCCCGAACGGAUCGUAGGCGUUGCGAUUGGGCGGCGCAGCUGCCACUGGGACGGCAAGCGGCUGAUCGAGCGUGCGGAUCGAACGCGCUGUGACCAGCUUCGUAAGCUGCUUUACAUCUGGUCCAUCGUCGAGGCGGAACCGAACCUGCAUCAGCACUUUUGCACCCGCUGUCUGUUUGAGAUUGCAUUUCUCGCGACGGCCAUCGAUGCACAGCGCCGGGGCAUCGGGCUGCACCUGACGCAGCGUUCGGUUGCGCUGGCACGGGACUUGGGAUUCCACUUCGUGCGGAUGAACUGCACCUGCGAGUACAGCUCGCGGGUGGCCACGAAAGCCGGCCUCGAGUGUCACUGGACGGUGCCGUACCAUCAUCUCGUCGACAGCACGGAGCAGCCGGUCGCGCUGCCGGACCCGCCCCACACGCAUAUCAAAGUGCACGCGAUGGCCCUGUUUCCCGACGCUGUCCAUUAAAUCCUCAUGCAGGUAAUUAAUGGCAUAAUUGCAUUUUUGCUUUCACCAUUCUGCCAACAUUGCGCACGUGUUCGGCAAGGCCUACUACCGCCAUCCCCCGUUGUUUUAUAUCACUGGAUGGAGGGGGGGGGGGGUGUACUGUAAAAGCCAUUGAUAAUAAAACAACAUGGCAUUUCCGGGCGACGUAAUACAUUUAUUUAUGAACAUGCAAUUGUAAGGAAGAAAUGGGGCAGAAACGGGCGAUGGAAGGGGGGAAUAGUCAAUUUAUGUGGCACUCAUGGUGCACUCGUUUUUUACCCCCGUGCAUUGCCGCUCUCUCUCUCUCUGACGUAACUCUUCUGGUGCUAAUUUAGUCCGAGCGUGGGACGAUGAGGAGUGGACGGCAGUGGUUAAAUUUUUAUAGCUAAUUAUUUAUUACACACCGCAUUGUAAUCGAGAGUGCAUCAGUGAGCGCUGAUUUAGUCGAUAGCCAUUAUCGAUGCGUUGCACACUGCACCUGUCCUGCAGUGGGUCGUUAACCACCCCCUCUAUUCAGCCCUCUCCGCCUCGCUUCCGGCCAGUAAUUAUCGAUACAAUACGUUUUAUUUACAUUUCCUGUUGCGUUUUCAAUAGAGCCAUGCUUGGGGCGGCUACAUCCAUCCCGGGGUACGGUUGCGUUCUUUGUGGGUAAGAAUAAAAAAAAAACAGAGUAGAAUUUCCACUUAUCGAUAGAGUUACAUUACCCAUCAACCUUCACAGGACCAGAUGGUUGGCUGGUACAUUGUUCUGCAUCAUAACGAUACACUGUUUCGCGUUUGAAGGCAAAUGUCUGCUGCUUUCGCUGACAGGGUUCUGCUUGCCGAGUGUUCUGGCCGGAGAAAUCGAUCCAUGUCCAUGUUUUAUUCAACGCAAGCAAAAGAGGAAACAUUUAUGCACUCAGCCUGUCUGUCUGCCAUUGUCUCUCCUUUUCCCUCUUGUCUCUGGCUCUGCAACUGGAUAAUGUUUUUCCCUGUGAAAUGUGUGCCGCAAAUGAGUUCGAAGAAUUGAUGGUACACCGGUGACCAUCAAUGCCAAGUGGACCAUGGAAAUGAGCGUAACCGCGACUGGUGACGGGGCACUACUAGCAAAUAAAUUCCGGCUGGAUUAUGAAGAUAACUCUCCGAGCUGAUUUCCGUUGACAUUUUCACUAAAUUGAUGCUGAUGGGCGUGAUUAAUUGCUGCACUUCUGGUGCAAUUAUGUGCCGGAAUUGGGCCCGGCGGUUAAUCGGCGCAAAUGGAUUAGAAUAACGGCUCAUUUAGUGGUCGUGUCCAUCGGUGGGAUGGUUGGAGU